AUGGGUAACGUGAUGGACUCGUUCUUCACCGGUUUCUUUCAUUCUAUGGGAAACUUCUUUGGUUCUCCACUUGACUUUCUAUCUGGAAAAUCAUGCAGAGUCGGUGUGAGGAAAGACCAUCGUACUUCUGACUCGGGUUUGAGCCAACAUGCUGUUGGUGUUGGUCCGGGUCAUGGUAUUAAAGUGAGCAGAGAGUCUAAAUUUGCCCGGAAAGGUUCAAAACGAAGAACUCGAGUUCAUCGCAAAGCCUGA